CUCCCUGAAGGCAACUAGGGUUUCCUCUACGAGAGAGAGAGUGGAGCAGCUCAGACCUAACCGGUAGCGGCGGCGCGGCGACCACAACAAGGCUUUCACCAUGGGGCGAAUGCACAGCAGAGGUAAGGGUAUUUCGGCUUCGGCUCUGCCCUACAGGAGGACCCCUCCUAGCUGGUUGAAGAUCUCUACUCAGGACGUUGAGGAGAACAUUUGCAAGUUUGCCAAGAAGGGUCUGACACCUUCUCAAAUUGGUGUCAUCCUUCGUGAUUCUCAUGGGAUUGCUCAGGUGAAGAGUGUUACUGGCAGCAAGAUAUUGCGUAUUCUCAAGGCCCAUGGUCUUGCCCCUGAAAUUCCAGAGGAUUUGUACCACCUCAUCAAGAAGGCAGUCUCCAUCAGGAAGCAUUUGGAGAGGAACAGGAAGGAUAAGGAUUCCAAGUUCAGGUUGAUCCUGGUUGAGAGCAGAAUCCAUCGCCUUGCCCGCUAUUACAAGAAGACAAAGAAGCUUCCACCAGUUUGGAAAUAUGAGUCUACCACCGCCAGCACUCUUGUGGCUUAGGUUUGAUAUGAUUGGGAACAGUUUUGGGUGUACUUCUAAAUGAGCAGGAAUUUUUGUUUAUUUUCUUUUGGUUUCCUGAACUACAUCAGAAUCAUUAAGGCAGAACAGUCCUUGGUAGUGUGUGUACGGUUGAAUAUUUACAUCAAGUGUACUGUGUUACCAUCAUUUAAAUGAGGAUGUUUUGCAUGGAUG